UGCUAUCCUCAUUACUGUUCAUCACGUCACACCUCAGCCUGGAUUUUGUUCGGUUGUUCUGCUGUCUCCUUUUGCUUUUUGUGCUUUCAGAUUGCCCAUGCUGAUUAUAUUUAAAAUGUUUUAAAAGCUUUCGAUUUUCUGCAAACUCCCAUUUUGAUUUUCAUCCAUUUGAGCUGAAUCAGAAAGCUUUAGGUUGUCUUGUUAUUAAUUAUCUCAAAUAUUUGUGUUGUAACUGUACACCCUGACAGUUGGUGCUCAGACAUUUAAGAGCAGUUUUGAUGUAUUCUGUGUUUAAGAUGAAAAUAUAGGUAACUGAGGGGAAUGGUGAUGUGCUAAUUAAGGUUUCACUGUGUCUCAUGUUGAAUCUCUCCGCUCAUAUUAGCAGCCCUGCAGUAUUCACUCAGCCUUUCCAUAUUACACUGCUAAUGAGAUACCUAUUUAAAAUUCUCUUCGCAGGAUAUUUGUAUUAUGCAUUGUUCCACAGCAGGGUUUCGCAAACUGUUCAACCACGUAACAGUGCGCGUGUCCAAGUGCCCUGCGGAUAACAGCCUUUGCAUUCACUUCUUUGUUUUCUCAUUUGGUUGCAUGAUGUGAUUGUUGAAGAGGUCAGUAAGACAAGGAUCCUUUCUUCACCUGCCGGGAUCCCUUUGUCAAAAGGGUAGUUUGCAGCGUGUCUUCUAAAUAGCCACCUUGAUAAACGGUAGUCUGAAAUGAAGAUAAACUCUUACACUUUGAAGGAACAGCCAGUGCAAUAAAAUAAGUGAUGAUGAUGACGACGACCUGUAAUUAAAAGCAAUGAAUGGUUUGACCUGGUUGAAUAAAAAAUUAACACAUUCACCAUUAUAGGCAGCUGAUUAAAAUGGAAUGUUUGUUAAAUGUCCCCUUCCUGACAAUUAAUGGUUGGAAAAAAAACAAAGAAAACUCACUAAAAAUCAUUGUUAAAUUGUACUGCAGAGAAAAUAAUUGAGAUAAACAGACAAUUUCUGUUUUUCUGUGGUUUAUAUCAAAUGAAUGUAAAGGAAACAUGAGUAGUAGCCAGUGGUGAGCUGGGGCAAUUGAGCUCAUUUAGUAGGAGUUUUGAGGUUCAUCUGACAAAACCCAUUUUGGGAACCGCUGGUUUAGCUGCCAGCAGCGCUUGUUGAAUGGGUGCUUGUCCCACACUGCUGAUUAAGGUCUGCUCGUCUUUCACGAUGUAUUGUGUAAACACCACCAGGCCGUCUAGCACUAUUUAAAGUAUAGUAUGUAAAUGCCUUUCGCAUCAGUGGGAUAAGUGAAGAAGUUGAUUAAAGCUUUAGCCAGAAGCAGUUGUUGUGGAUUUAGUUGAUAAGCCCCCGUCCCCCGUAGACCACAAUACAGCCGUGGAUUCCAGUUCAGUCAUUUUGAUUAGUGGACACCUGUGCAGCACCAUAGCUAGGCUGUUUCCCCACUGUAUUAACUCUCCCAGUAUGCUGGAAAUGAAUUUAAAAAGGCAGCAAAAUGAAAUACUAAUGGAAUGUAAAGCUAAUCUAAAUAUGCUAAUCCCCAAACACUUCAUAAACAUAGACGGCAGCAGCCCGCCACCCACCCUCUGUAGUCGUUUGCUGUGGAAUGCUUUAGCCACAGGGGGUCCAGCAGUAAUGACAGGCUUGUGGUGGAUUAAUGUGGCGUUAUUUAUUUCCGAUUGAGCGAGUCCCCCUCCCACUUAAGCCCGCACCCCCUCCUUUUUAGCAGUUAGGCCGUGUCCUCCAGACUCCCAGAGAUGCUCACAACGAGCAGCCCUAGACAUUCUAUUUAAUGCGGUCCGUCUUGCUUACAUGCCCAGACCACCGCUGACAGGCCUCACACUGCAUUCUGGGAUAUCCUCAGCCCUUUACCUGCUCUUAGCUAAUUACUUUAAAGCCGCGCACUUGCACAAUAAUUGGUCCUGUGCUGCUGCCUCCCUUCCCUCUGCUGCGCCAAGUGCUAGUUUGAGCACUUUUUUUUCCUCCGUCUCUGUGUCGUCCUUAUUCCCCUGUUUUUUAUCGUCCUCCAAAAGCCAUCCAAUUAAUAUGCUAAUGAGCUGAUAAAUAUUUAUAGGGGUUUAAAUUAUGCAGAAAGCUUUCAGAGCCUGGUGUGAAAUGCGUUGCUCGCAGGACUUCAAAGCCUUGCAUUGCUAACGAGGCAGGGGCAGAUUUGCAUAUGGCUUUAAUCAGCUGAAUACUGAUUACGCUUCAUUAUAGAGUUGGGAGGGAGGGGGCAGCUGCUGUACUUGUCGUUUGGUUCAUUCCAGCAAGAGAGGGAGGCGGUGAACUUUUUCAGAAGUAGAGACAAUCUUGGCACGAGAGAGAGAGAGGCGCAAAGUAUGCACCGUGAAAGACAGGGUAGAGCUAGAAGGAAAGAAAGGAGCGACUACAGAGUGAGGGAAGGAGAGCUGUUUGCCUAAAGCCUGUUGGCUUUCCCAGUGUGCGUAUCCCAGUAUUGUUCAGUGGACCGUGCGGUGGACAGUGCCGCUGUGUCUGUGUGUAACUCUGGUUGCAUUGAACUCUGCUCACUGCUGACCAGUGGAGAGUGAAGAAAGGGAGGCGAAGGAGCAGAGCCCUGGACACCCCGUUGUGGGUUUGCCCGGCAGAGGCAAUUUCCUUGAUAGGUUAAGCAACUAUGCUGGAAACCACAGGUGGAGGGCGAGCGGAUGCUAAAGUGAAUAAUCAGUCAGAAACUACUAAAUGUACAAUGGAAAGUGGUGACGAGAACACUGGAAUCCAAACCAAUGGAUUGGACUUUCAGAGGCAAACGGUGCCAACCACAAGUGCACUCACUAAUGUACAUGCACAAGCCCUCCUCCAACAGUCUAAGUCGGAAGACUCGAGCGCUCUUCCGACCUCCGUCCAGCAGAGCGUAUUGCCUCAAACCCAGCUAAUGUUGGCCGGAGGACAGAUUGCUGGAUUGACCCUGACCCCAGCGCAUCAGCAGCUGUUGCUCCAGCAGGCCCAAGCUCAGCUCCUGGCGGCAGCCGUGCAGCACUCUGCCAGUCAACAGAACAACACCACAGGAGCCAGCAUCUCUGCCACCGCAGCCACUCCCAUCACGCAGCUGCCCCUGUCACAGCCCAUCCAGAUCGCCCCUCAGCUACAGCAGCAGAAUCUCGGUCUGCCUCAGUUUGUUUUGCUUCAGCCUGGCCACCCAAUUGCCACACCACUGCAGCCCGCUCAGUUUAUUAUCUCACAGCAACCGCAAGCCCAACAGGGCAUAUUGCAAGCCCAGAGUCUUUUAACUCAACUACCUCAAAGCCAAGCUAACCUCCUGCCGACACAACCAAGCAUCACCCUUGCAACUCAGCCUGCCACCCCCACCCGCACGACAGCAACCACACCUAUUCAAUCCCUGCCCCAUAGUCAGACACCACCCAAACGGUUGGAUACCCCCACUCUGGAGGAGCCUAGUGAUCUGGAAGAGCUGGAGCAGUUUGCCAAGACUUUCAAACAAAGACGUAUUAAACUGGGCUUCACGCAGGGGGAUGUUGGCCUGGCCAUGGGAAAGCUUUAUGGAAACGACUUCAGCCAAACUACCAUCUCUCGCUUUGAGGCCUUGAAUCUGAGCUUUAAGAACAUGUGUAAACUCAAACCUUUGCUGGAGAAGUGGCUCAAUGAUGCAGUUUGUGCAGAGAACCUGACAUCUGACCAGGCCCUGUCCAGCCCCAGUGCCCUGGGGUCCCCGGGCAUGGGCAUAGAGGGAAUUAACCGCAGACGGAAGAAAAGGACCAGUAUCGAGACCAACAUUCGAGUGGCCUUAGAAAAGAGCUUUCUGGAGCAGAACCAAAAACCUACCUCUGAAGAGAUCACUAUGAUCGCUGACCAGCUUAACAUGGAGAAGGAGGUGAUUCGGGUCUGGUUCUGCAAUCGUCGACAGAAAGAGAAAAGGAUCAACCCCCCCAGCAGUGGCAACAGUGGGGGAGGCAGCACCGCCAUCAAAACCAUAUUUACCCCCAGUAGCCCCUUGGUGGCCAGCACAGCAAGCCUUGUGAGCAGCCCAACUAUUAACACACCCACCUCUCUGACUGUAAACCCAGUGAUGCCUCUCACCAGCACCAGUGUCUCUAGUUUGUCUUUCACAGGCACGACAGUUGGAGCCACAAACACGGCAUCUGUCAUCUCUACCGCAUCCACAGCAACCAGCUCACCGUCGUUAAGUCCGCCACCAACGUCUAUUCAGGCCACGACCACAGAGAGCAAGGUUGGCUCACAGGCACAAACUGUCGUCACCCAGGCCCCGUCAUCUAUAGCCACCACUUUAGGUACAGGUCAGGUGAUGGUGGCGGCUCCGGGGUUAUCUGCAGCUCUGCAGGGUGCCCAGUUACCCACUAGUGCUAGUUUCGCUGCUAUGGCUGCUGCUGCAGGGCUCAAUCCGGGAUUGAUGGCGUCCUCGCAGUUCGCUUCAGGGGGGGCCCUGCUCAGUCUGACUCCAGGUGGCCUUGGCAGUGCUCUGAGUCCUGCCCUCAUGAGCAAUAGCACCCUGGCCACCAUUCAAGCUCUGGCAUCCAGCGGCACGAUCCCCAUCACCUCUCUGGAGGGCGGUAACCUGCUGUUCGCCAACACGUCUGCUGGUAACACACCAAACCUGGUGACCACGCCGCUUUUCCUGAACCCUCAGAACCUGUCACUGCUCACCAGCAACCCUGUAAGCCUGGUGUCGGCUGGGGCGGGGGGGCUGCAAGUCACUGCUGAUGCUCAUCAUCAAGCCACCACGGCUGCCGUGCCUGUGCAAGCCUCGACCAUUACCACUGCCUCCAAGGCUCAGUGAAGCCAGUCAGGCUGCAUCCUGAAUUAAUGCCCUAUUUCUUAUGUUGUGCACUACUAUUAUCACACCAUGUAGGGAAUAGGGAGGUUGUUAACACAUGCUCUAGACCGCGGGCUUCACUAACCACCCCCAUUUUCUUUAGUGUAUCUCAUUAUUUAAUCCUUUUGCUGGCACCAAAAAGAAGUGCCUCGGAUGAGGUUGACUUUUUGUUUUUAGUUGGUUUUCUUUAUGAUCCCUGGAUGUUUUUUUCCAAAAAGCAGUAGCCAGAUGGACACUGUUGUUGGCCUGCCACUCCUCAUGAACUUUGACAAUUGUCCAGGAAGAAAAUAUCCAUGACACCAUCAAACUGUUCGCAUUGUGUGUGUAUAUAGAUAUAUGUAAAUAUAUUAUAUAUAUAUAUAUAUAUUAUAUAUAUAUAUACAUAUACGUCAUCCUAUUUCCAGGUUCAAGUUUGAGUACUUCUAACCAAAAACUUUAUGAUUUUGCUCUUUUUAACAUUCAAACUAAAAUAAUUUACUACUAAUUUUACCCUAUUCAUCAAAACUAAUGGGGUUUGUGUCACCCCAUAUUAUUACUAUUACUACUACUAUUAUUAUUAUAUAUAUUUUUUUCUAUUAUUUUUUUUUGGACAGGCCUUGAUGAAAUCAUAUCAAAUCAUUAGUUUUUUUGUUUAUUUUUACUGACUGUAUUUUUUCUGACAUUUUUAAAACCUUUUAAAUCUAAUAAGUUAAGAUUUAACUAUCACUUUUUAAUCGAGGUUAUAAGGCUUUAAAAACAAGUAAUAAGUGGCCGAUACAAUGGUUAUCAUUGCUUUAAGGGUUGGAGGCACCCGCUGUGUCUCGGAGUCUGUCUUUCUGGAAACACUGAGUUUUUUUGUGCAGUGGCCACCGAUCUUUUCUAAAAUGUUGGCCUCGGUGCGGAUCAUAGACACUGACAGGAAAUUAAUGAAAGCAUUAUGUUGAUAGCUUUAAAAUGAGCUGCAGAUAUACCAUCCCGUGUCCAAUGAAGGGUGAUUUGCUUUGGAUGGUGAUCGAGUGGAGAACUGUACAUUACGAUGGGUUUCACAGGUAGACGUCUGUCGUCUUCAGCCGAGGCAGACGUGAGGGUUCAGUAAACCGCAUAAGGCGCCGCAGUCGAUUGGGCAGUUUUGUUGCGGACUAGUCAGAAGGUGUGGUCAUCGUACCAAAUGUAUGGUGGCGCUGGCUAGGUGGAGUUGUUGUGUUGUUUUGUUUUUCACUUUUUUUUAAUAGUAGUACCGUCGUAUCUACUUGUGCACAGUAUCUGUACCAAAAAACUGGAUUGAUGAGCUGCAGUCUGCCUGUUUUGGGAGGAAUGAAAUUCUGUCUUUUUUUGUCUGCAGUCACUUGACUGGCUUAUAAACUUAAGAUAUACCAAAAAUAUUUGUUAAUAAUUGCUGUGUGUAGUCGGUGUAGUUUAGUCUAGUCAAUAUAUUUAUGAGUGCAGAAUCUCUCUUCAUCAUCAACAGAUUAUAGAAAUGCAAUAUUUUGAUCAUUUUCCAAAGAUGACCUUUUUUUUAAUUUGACCAGGUGUCUCUUAGCUCAACUUUAAUUGGCAGCACAACUGACCAAAAAAAAGGAAAGGUCUGUGGCGUCAGGGCAUGCGAACGUUGUUUCCUUUUACAUGCAUCAGUUGUGUUUAGAUUUUACCAGGGCUUUGACCCGAACACCUGAUCCUGAUUUUCUUUUAGCCAUGUGAUGGCGCCUUUUUCAUUUAAACCGUUUUGGUAGCAGUUUUGGACAUUUCUAAAGCAUAAUGGAAAGUUUUAUUUUUACUACUGUUCAGCCAUAAAACAACAGCUUGAACCAAAGUGGUUUUUCUCAGUAGGUGCUGUGCCUGUCCAAGCACAUUUGCCGUUCAUGAGCUCCUCUUUCCACACCGCUAAAGCGAAAUGUUUUCCUCUUCUCACACCUUGGUUCAUACCUGGUAACUCCUGAUUUGGUGCUGCUGGAUAAGGAUCACAGAAACUUAGCUUUAACAACUUGCUGCUGAAGCUCCUGGUGGAGUUGAGCUGUUGAGAGGCCUGCAUGCUUUCCUAUAGCUUUAUGACUACAUCCUGUGAAAAAACAGGUUUUGUGGUUUCUCCCCUCCCAGCUGGAGGGCUCACCUUUGUAAAUGCAUAGACCUGAUCAUCAGAUGUCGUACUAGACCACCUAUCGCACCAUCGUUCUGAACCAGCAUGUUAGAAAACGAUGCUGCUCCCUGAAUCUGUCUGCGGACUAGUUUAAAACCUGCCAAUUUGUCUCGCCUAACACCGUGUUGGGCUAAGUACUGUUAUGUGCUACACAUUUAGCUGAACCCCUCACAAAAGUAGCAUUGUUCUACUGCUUCCACAUGACAAAAUGGAAAACCACAGUGAUCAUUAAAUCACUGGGACUCUAAGCAGUGAAAUUUGUCCGCGUUAUCCUCUUGUGUACUUCUUUCUGUUGAAUUAUUUUGACUGAAUAUACCUCAGCAGCACUUAAACAUAGGGUUCAGCUUUAAACAUUUCUGUGUAUAGAACAAUGUAGAAUGUAUGAGUACUGUCUGGCUUACCAUUCAAAGUUUAUACUGAUAAACCAUACAUUAAAGGACAACCUACUACUGCUAUUUUCUAGUACUACUAUUUAUGGGGUAUUUCCAGGUUUAAAUAUUAUUUUGAGAUCCUUCUUGCCAAAGUAAACGCCUUUCUCUUUGCAGUUAGGCAGGUGUCUGACUGCUCAUUGUUGCUGGUUUCCAAGUCUUUCAGGCCACAAUGGGCCUAAAGGACUCAGUCCUGUUCCAGUGCUGUUUGUAGUUACUAAAGAGUUGAACGUGUGCUAACAAGAUGAACCAGUUGCAUAAUAGGAUGUUACUGAAAUAUUUAUCUGAGGAAAGACUUAAGAAUUAGAGAAACGAUCUUUUCUUAAUUCUAUACAUAUAAAUAUAUAUAUAAACACUUGUAAGAUAUUCAUAUUUUAUAUUUGAACCAGUAUGUUAUCAAGACUGAAUGUAGUGUUUACCAUGCUUAAUUAAAAAUCUCCCCUAAAUUUUCAUUUUUUACUCCUGCAAAGGAGUGUGUUUUUUUUUUUUUUGUAGUGUCAAGACCAAAACAUAGGAGCGGUCUGAGCCCACGUCUCGGUGGAGCGUGAUUCUCUGGUACCCGUGUCUGUCGUGUUCUUUCAAACGGAGAUUUGCUCCUGAGAGUUGGCUUCGGUGGUCGGUGAUCAUCACUUUUGUUCGUCUUUAUUUUGGGGGUGGGCGUUAAUGUGGACUUGAUUUGCUGUGCUGUCUUUAACAAUCAUUUGAGUUUUUUUAUGCCUUUUUAAUUGUUUUGUAUAGUGCGAGAGGGCAAGAUCACUGGCUUUCUUAGUUUGACAAAGAUGAUUAACAUUAUCAUUUAUGCCUUAUUGUUAUGUAGAAGACAUGAGCAUUGUAGCAUUGUUGUGUUUAAGUGUGACUGGGAGCUUGCGCUCACCUGGUGCAUUGUUUUUACUGAAACAGUACAGUGUACUUUGGGCAUUUUUGGCACGCGGGAUGAUUCUGUUGCUACCUAUGGUUUCUAGGUGUGACUCAGACAGGUUGAACAUACCUGUGAGAAAAGCUUUACUAAUAAUUCCAGCAAGUGGGUGUGUGCGAGUGUCUAAAGAGGAACUAGCGAGAGCAGUCCGCAAACCAUUAUGGUGCAUUUUUUCCCAUCUUCCAGCAGGUGUUUGAGAGUGAUUUGUUGUUUUUAAAGACAACACACGAGAGUACUUGUACUUGUUCACUGGGAGAAAGCCUGUUAUUGAGCCACUUGGGAUUAGUGGUGAGAGUACAGUUUGUGUUUAGUUAUGAUCAACAGGUCUGGCUUUGGCUUUUCGAUUUCACUUCUGAGAUUUUUGAUGCUCUAGAUGCAUUAGCCACGCGUGGAGUUGUAUGUUGAUUCACCACACUGGUUUGCUGGUUUAAAGCGUUGGUUGACGAAGAGUGGAAUACCAGUAAGGCAAGGAGCUGUUGUAUACCUCAUUUCUAACUCAAGACUGAGUGAAACCUGCUUUAAUCUACUUAAGAAAAUAUAUAAAAAAAAAUGACAAAAACAUAGAUGAAAACACAAACUUGUCGGUGGAGAGGCCCAUUCAUACCUGUACUUGGUUAAGGCUUGUGUAAAGUUCCGUCACAAGGGGGAGACAGACUACACACAGUCCCCAUGAAUGUCUGCUGUUUAGCUCACAACUCGGAGGCGUUUUGCUGCACUUGGACGGAAAUUGUUCGCUCUAAUGUCCGGCGAUUUAUUUUAGUGUUGUGCUCUUAAAUCGUCAUUUGAAGUUUCUUUUGUCACAAAUGGACCACCCUGUUUGAUCACUUUAAGUUUGACAAUCCUGAUUUGUUCCCUUUUCGCUUUUGAAAUGAUUUCUCUGACCAGGUACAGGUAUGUACGCGUCUUCCCACGUGACGGUGCGCUGUCGCAGCCCGCUCUCGCUUUCCUGUGGUACCAACAUUAACCAAAGAUUUCUAACCUGAUUGUAUAUGAACGACGCCGCCCCCCACCCAUCCCCACCUCACUGAUUAGCAUCAAAUCCCAGCUGCACCCCGUCGCCCGAACCCGUGGCUCAUCUGUAAAAAGUUAGCUUUUUAUUGCAUGCGAAUGUGUCUCGGCAUCCUGUCAGUGCAGCGGUUUCAGUGCCUGUGGGCGGGGAUCGGAGGGGGUUCAACAGGAGCUGAGCGGGCUUCUCUACGACAGACACCAACGCAUCUGGUGGUCGCUGGGUGAUGUUUGUUAAUACACACUGAGGGUUAAUCCUGUGCACACUGUACAUGCUCAGGACUCUGUAUGUUUGCCUGUCUGUGAGCGCUGUUGCUAGGAUGCCCCCCCCCCUUCUCUAUUCUCUCUGUCUCUCUCAAGGACUGUGGUGAAAAUGCUGUUGCCUCUCACUACUUCAUUUGUACACUGUCGUCCUGCGACCAUUAAACUCGCUUCUUUCCCUGUCCUCCUCCUGCUCAUCGUCUCUUCACUACAGACUCUGAUCAGCUGUGACACUAUGCAUCAUGGUCCUUCACUCUGUAUGGACUGUGUCCCUCUGGUUCAGACCUCUGGGCUUCAGUGACACUUUGUUUAAUGCUUUACUCCAAGUGAGGCUGUAGGGACCUCACAAGCGCUAUCCCAAAGCAAAAAUCCAAAUAUUUAACUUUUGACAAAUGCAGAUACCAAAGAUAUCUCUGUCCUGUGUCUCUCUCUCUCUCACUCUUUCUCUCUGUGUUCUCUCUUCCACCCUGCAGCAUGUGUAUUAAGAGACAAACCCAGCACUGGCUUUAGCCCUAGCCUCAGUAAUUCCAAAGCUUAGAUGUAUAUUUUGGUAUAUUUCUGAGAUAAACGUACGUGAAAAGCGUCUGUUUCUCGUUUGUUUGUUGUUAUCUCUCUUUUCUGUCACAGCAUGGAACUAAUUGCAGAACUGUCUUACUCUUGGUAGGUUAAAGAUAUAGUAUUUUUGUAUGUUUUUGGGUGUGUCGUGUGUGGUUAUCAGUUCACAGCCCAGGUGACCAUGGCUUUUAACAGGAGAGAAAAAUUAAAAAAAAAAAAAAAAAAAAA